AUGGCUGACAUUAUUAAUAAAGCUCGGAUCAGACAACGCUCUGUUGUCAUCACCCUACUUGAUCUUAAGAAUGCCUUCGGCGAAAUCCAUCACAACCUCAUUCAAUCCGUACUUGACUACCACCAUAUCCCUGAUCAUAUAAAAUUUGUUAUAAAAAGUUUAUAUACUGAUUUCCAAACCUCGAUAAUUACCUCAGAAUUCCGCACUCCUUUUAUGACAGUUGGCCGUGGCGUAUUGCAAGGAGAUUGCCUCAGUCCUCUUCUUUUUAACAUGUGUUUCAAUACAUUCAUUCAGCAUAUCAAGGCUGAAAAGUACCGUCAAUUUGGGUUUUCCUUCAAAUUACUAAAUCCCAUCCAUUGGUUCCAGUUUGCUGAUGACGCGGCUGUAAUUACUGGCCAAGAAUCCGAAAACCAACAUCUAUUAAAUCGAUUUUCUAUCUGGUGCCAAUGGUCCGAUAUGAUUAUCCGAGUUGACAAAUGCAGUACCUUUGGCAUUAAAAAAGCGAUCACAAAAUCAGUUCAGUACUUGCCAAAACUCCUCAUCAGCAAUCAACUAAUACCAAAAAUCACCAUUGGAGAAUCAUUUCAAUAUUUAGGACGUUACUUUGAUUUCCACAUGUCGAAUGAUAAUCACAAAACUGAACUAACCACCCUACUUAACGAACUAAUGUCUGAUAUUGACUCAAAGCCACUACACCCCAAAAAUAAACUGCUCCUCUACAGUCGCUACGUCUUGUCCAAGUUAGCCUGGCACUUCACCGUCGCAACACUCUCUAAAACAUGGGUUACUGAAAAUAUCGACUCUAUUGCCAACAAAUAUAUCCGCAGAUGGCUUGAAGUACCAAUAUCAGGAACACUAAGUACUGUCUUUUUAACAAAUAACAAAUUUGGCCUGAGUAUUUAUCCUCCAUCUGUAAAAUUUAUCCAGUGUCAAACAGUCCUCCGAAAAGCUUUAAAAUCUUCUCCUAAUGAAUCAACUAACGACCUGUGGAGAGCAACCAGUAACCAUACUAAUAUCCAAUAUGACGCUUAUAACUCUACUAAGGAAGUUCUCAAAGAUUUCCGUUCUGGACACGAAAACAAACUCCUAAACCAAUUAACCAGUCAAGGAUCCUUUUUCUGCAGCGUCACGAAGUUCGCUUUACCUCAGCUUAGCAAGGUGUGGUCCGUCGCCCAAUCAAAGCUCCCGAAAAACAUUUACAACUUUACCAUUCGUUAUAUUAACAACUCUCUUCCGACGCGCAAAAACCUAAACAGAUGGGCAAUAUCUUCAAAUUCAGACUGUUCUUUUUGUCUUAGCCCUGAAACAUUACUACACAUAGUAGCUGGAUGUCAGUUUUAUCUCAACCGAUUUACGUGGAGACACAAUUCAGUCCUGAACUUUCUUGCUCAUCAGUUACAAACUGUUGACGGUUCUACUCUCUACGCUGAUCUAAAUGGAUUCAAAAGCCCUUCAAUACUUACUGGUGAUACGUAUCGCCCAUAUUUGUUAUUAUCGUGCUCAAAUGGUUCCUUAUAUGUGGUUGAACUCACCACUGGUUAUGAGACAAACCUCAAAAACAACGUAAAACGGAAGAAGGAUAAAUAUAGAGAAUUAUUGAGACAGCUAGGUAAAAAUUUUAACCAAGUUAAAUUUAUAAAUCUCUCCAUCAGCUCUUUAGGUAUUUUUGCAGAAGGAUGUUAUACAUUUUUAGACAUGUUAGAUAGUAUUGGUCUUGACAAAAACCACCAAAUGUACUGCGUUAGGAAAAUGAUGACUAUUGCUAUUAGAACUACAUAUUACAUUUUCUGUUGCCGAAAUAAGGAAUGGGAAAAUCCGGAUUUACUAACAAUUUGACUUAUCUCAUUGUAUAUAUAUAUUUAUCGCUUCCUUUAUUUAACACUAUAUCUGGGGGAUAUCUUGUCACGAUGAGCUCUGUUUUCUGUGCAUGUUCUUUACACGCAAUAAACGAGUCAGACACCACUUGGAAUAAUUAUGGCAAUGUGCGUAUUGCAUAACGCACAUGCCGGUUUAUUAAUUUUGUAAUCAAUGAUAUAAGUUUAACAUAACAAAUUAUUAACCAAAGUAAUUCAUUAACAGUUAGCACAGAAAAGGUGGGGGUAAAAACGCCCACAACUAACAGUAACAACUAUAAUAACUAAUAUACAAUAUACAAGUAGAAUAGUCUUGCGUUCAGAAAAACGGGGAGGAGGGUGGGGAAAAACUUGACUUUAAGAUACAGACGACUUUGCGCUACCAAAGCGAAGAGCAGAAUGAACCAGAUGCGCAUUCUGCUAUAGAUAUGUAUCACCUCUCCCUUCCGUUUUCCUGCACGCAUUACAUUCAUGUGAUCAGAAAAUUACGGGGAAAAUACCCAUGUGUCCCAUGUCAAGUUUGUCUAUUUAUAUAUCCUAAGCUCAGGAAGCAAUAAAAUCUUCAUUGGUAUGCCAAUAAUUCCUUUAUCGCUUCCUUUAUUUAACACUAUAUCUGGGGGAUAUCUUGUCACGAUGAGCUCUGUUUUCUGUGCAUGUUCUUUACGCGCAAUAAACGAGUCAGACACCACUUGGAAUAAUUAUGGCAAUGUGCGUAUUGCAUAACGCACAUGCCGGUUUAUUAAUUUUGUAAUCAAUGACAUAAGUUUAACAUAACAAAUUAUUAACCAAAGUAAUUCAUUAACAGUUAGCACAGAAAAGGUGGGGGGUAAAAACGCCACAAGUCUACUUGGGUAAAGAAGACAUACCCCACCCCAGCGUGACAAGGCAUCGACAGAUAAAGUGAUUACAGACCGAUGAAACAAGCAAGCAACAAUUCUACAAAAUUGAGUGAUAGUAUUGGCAAAUAUUAAUUAAACUGCUCAUAAUAUAAAAGGGGGUGUUAGCUAUACCCAAACAAUUCGUGCCCCUGCGUUGAACUGCCAGGUAUAACCACCACCGACAAGACAAAAGUGUUCUGAUAGCCUUGCCCCUGCGUCAGCAUCACAGAACACUCUAAAGCAGUAUGUCGCAUAUAGUAACGUGCAUCAUAAUAAUCAUUGUAGUCAAGUCUUGCCCCUGCGUCAACUUGCCCAGUCAGAUGUGCACGGAAGCGGAGUUUGCCAAAAUAUUAAAUGCUUAUUGACAGCCAUGAUCAAUCCGGUGAAAAAAGACAAACAACCAAACUCGGCCUAUCUAGGCAAAGCGGUUGAGCACAGGCCUGGACCUCGAAUAUACUUACGAAAGGCGUCGGAUUUCCACCGACCCAUUGAUCGAAUUUGGGCAUCAGAAAAACCGCAUUCCGCAGCAAAUGUUGCCGCGCCAAUGCGGAAACUAUGUCCUUUGUAUUUAGUUGGAUCGAGACCACAUGUCUUGAAAAUGAGUGCUAAAUAGUCAGUAAAAAGUUUGCGUGAAACCGCGUGGCCCUCGUGCGUUCGAAAAAGCGGGCCAUCCGACAAACCCCGGCGUGAAAAAUAAUCCAGUAAGCUCUGCACUGGGCAUAUAUCUGAACGACGCUUAAGAGCGAUUGAUACAUUUGUUUGGUUGUAAGAAUGCUUAAAAUCAAAAAAUGUGAUUUUCAGUCCAAUUACGCCGCCUGAAUGGUCAACAAGUUGGACAAUCUGAUUUAACUGAAGCACACUCGAUGACCUGGGACAACAAGUGAUUUCCCCAACACGUAAAAAGGCAAAAAAUGCCGUUGUACACAUUGCUUUAAACAUAUACGCACGGUAUUCGCUCGCACAUAUGGUUGAUGUUUGUUGCAACACCGUGCGAAGGAUAGAAAGAGUUAUGGGCAUGCGUGUAUCCAAGCGCGACCCAAGUUUGCCAUACCCUUUCAACAUUUCAAUCACCCAAAAGACCCUAGUGGGGUCUGGCACGCCUGCAAGGCGAUGAUAAUAACCCAGUGCAGAGACAUACGUGUUCGCAGUCGAAGCAGCAUAAUUGCGCUGAAACAUGUAGGCUAUAAACAAACCCAAAUUAGAAGGCGAUAUGGGCAAAUUUACUAAAGCUGUACGGAAAACUACAUUUGAAAACUGGCUAUACAGGUUCCAGGCCCGGCGAUAAGUAGGGAUUGAUGAUGGCUGUAAACUAGAUUGAAGUAAUUUAGAUGUUAUAUUGGCCAGUUGUGUGGUAGUAGUUGAUCUGGUAUAACUGCUGGUGAUGGUUGUACACCCACUGGAGCUAGCUGUUUGAACUUCGAAACCUGUAACCGGGAUAAACUAUCAGCUAAAACGUUUUUAACUCCCGGAACAUGGCGAGCACGAAAUAAAAUAUUGUACUUCAAACAUGCCAGCACCAGUCGGCGAACAAAUAUCAUGACAGUCACGUCACGAGAAGUGGCU